AUGACAUGUCACUACAACGAGUUAUAGCACACAGAUGCUUACAAGGAAGCUUGUAUGUCAUAAAAUCUGUACAAGAGCAACUUACUGGAUUGAGAUGGAUGCUGUACUCUUCCUUUCCCUCACUGCUCUUGACAGUGUAAUGGUUCAAUCCUAUCUUUGUCACCGAGGCAGGACUGAUUUCAGUGUUUCUGGCCAUGAUAUGAUUGACAUAUGCCACUGGUCUGUUAUGAAGAAAGCUCAGGAUCUUCUUAUUGUAUGCUCUGUGAUCAGCAGAAAACUUCACAUUGCUUCGUUGAUAUCUGUCAAGAAAACCGCAUUACAAACAUUACAAACAGAAUUGAGAUGUGAAUUUUAUGUCAUAUUAAAGGCAUAAAUAGAUUGUAAAGGUAGUGACAAAAUUGCAAGAAACUCACUCACUCUCAACUCAUUCACUCACUCUCUUUAACUCACUCAUUCACUCUAUCUUUACUCAUGCACUCACUCUCACUAAAUUCUUCAUUCACUGAUCACUGCAGUAAAACUGUUUUAGAAAUACAAUAAAAUUUGUUUGAUU